AGAGUUCACGCUAUGAGAUCAUAUAUCGGAAUCCUUCCGGAAAUUUCUCGGAAAGAAAUUCCAUCUAUACGUUGCAUGUUCGCUACAAAAAUCGCGCGGGGAGAAGCCAGAGCGCGAAUCAAAGUCACCUUUCGCGAAGCUCGCGUGUCGCGUUCUUCCCCGUUUCGAGUUUGACGGAGAAGUCGGUUCUAGACGGUGCCCCGGGAAAUUCACUGAAAGUUACAGCUGGCCGAGUCUAUAAUUCUAAUUGACUCGUCGUCACAUUCGCUCCUUUUUUUGCAGAUGAAAAAUUAUGUUUAUAAUAAGUCACGAGAAGUCCAUAAUUAUUGGGUUCCUUUAUCUCUCCCGCGAUGCGCGGCAAAAUGUAAAAGCGAAACUCGCCAAAUGCAACAGUAAUUAAUAAUACAUUAUUCUGGAUUUCGCCGUUUGAGUUCGUUAAUUCCGUCGCGAGAAAUCGGUAUUUCCUGUUUUGAUAGGGGCAGACGAGCCUGUUACGAACGGGACAAAUUAGUGGGGGUCUGCUGCACUGGAACGUUGAAAAGCACUUGGGUAGCACAAAUGCAUCUCAUUACUUCGCGGACGGCAGAAAGUCGAGGAUAUCGAGAAUCCGAUAAAGCAAGUGUCAACGUUUUAUCUUCAACUGUUCCUAACUUCAAUUAUUCUUAAAGAGACUUUAAACAUGAGGGCCACACCAACGGAUUCGGUCGCUCUGAUUCUUCUACCCUUCGCGCUGUUCUUCGUGCGAGUAAUUGGCGACGGCAAUUCACGGACGUUCAUGAAUCUUAAUGGCCAAAAGCCGCAAUUCAUCUCGUUUGACACUAAAGGUGGAGAAGUCGAUAUCACUUGGGAUAUAUCGGUACCCUUCUUCACGAUACCGAUGAAUCACGUGAGCGAGAAUGGCGAAGUGUUACCACUGCUUAACGUUAACACGAAAGGAUUGUCAAUCGCUGGCGUGCUAACAGCCAUUCUCACUUUGGUGGUGCCCCUCUUAUCAAAGCCAGGCCCGGGAAUGCAAUAUCGAAGUCUCGACUCGCAAUGGUCGCAAAUGGGAGAUACGAUAAACGAAAUUGUGUUUAGCAAUCGAUACAUCGCACCCUGCGUCCAGCGUAUUGUUUGCACCAUCGUUUCCGAGGCGAGUCAUUCCGAUAAUCCUUCGAGUACCGAUAAGAUUAUCGAUGGAUUAUCAAGUCACAAGUGGUUUAAGGAAUUCACAAAUGGCACAGUCCUUCAGGAAGCUAUCAGAGUAGGUCGAGAAGGGCACCACGACUGUAGUCGCAUCUACAAGGAAUGCUUUGUGACGCCGAACAUUCUUAAAAGUAUGAUGGCGCAAAUCGGCGUAAUUUGAUGCUAUGAUGUUCGCAAUUGUAAAUUGUAAAUAAGGUAUUAUUAAUCGCGAGACAGUGUUUGAGUAGUCUUUUAUUAUCACAUAUCUUCUUUUUGCCGAAGCGAACGACGCGUCGAGAAUGAUUUUGUGAAAAUUUUGCAUCCUCUAACCUGGCAAAUCUGUUUCACGUUCAAUUUUGAAAUCAUUCACAGUGUAACGAAUGAGUUACAUCAGGAUGGCUGAUCUUCAUUAUUCUGAUGCACGAGGUGUGAAAUUUCGUCGCGCUUAAGAGAAACCUCGUCGCAUAUUUAGAUGAUGACGCUUUCACUUUUGCUUUUACGCAAAUUGUUAGAAACCACUGUUAUUUUGACAAACAUAUAGUUUGAUGUCAUAUUUAAUUUAUUCUCAUUUAUCAGUUUCAUUUAAUUUAUUUAAAAGUUUCAUUUAAAAUAAACGAUUUCUUCGUGACAACGCAGAUAAAUUAAAGGGAUUUGCUUACAUUAAAUUUUUCUGCGUGAUGUCCUCCAAAAUAUAAAAAUUCGAACUUUUCAAAAAAUUGGAGAAAAUUAGUCAUCAGCAC